AAGUUACCCAACGCUGUUACUGUCAAUGUUUGAGAAUAUCAUCUGUUCCAAAUAUACUGAGCCUACUGAGCAAACAAUACAGUGUUUUUAUUUAGUGUCAAUAAACAAAUAUGUAAAAUAUUGUUCGAUAACUUGCAGUAAAUUUUUCAUAUCAACUUUUUUUCCUUAGAUAUAUUAUUGUUUUUAAUAUUAAUGAACUGUCUAAAAGAAGAUUUAAAAUGUCUUCAAAGCCAACUGUAGAUCUUCGUGCAGAAUUAGCUGAACUUGUUAAAAGAAAAGCAGAAAUUGCCGAUACUUUGGCAAAUUUAGAAAGACAAAUAUAUGCUUUCGAAGGUAGCUAUUUAGAGGAUACACAAUUAUAUGGCAAUAUAAUUCGAGGAUGGGAUAGAUAUUUAGCGAGCAAUAAGAAUACAAACAGUAAAGCAGACAAACGAAAUAGAAAAUUUAAAGAAGCUGAGAGAUUGUUCUCAAAAUCUUCAAUCACAUCUAUGGCAGCUGUUAGUGGUUUAGUGGACACAACACAAGAUAAAAUUGAACGUUACAGUGAAUCAGAAUCGCAAAUUGGCAAUAGUGGCAGUGAGGAUAAUUGUAAUUUUAAUAAUUCGAAUGUGAUUUCUGGUAAUAGUAAAGAAACAAGUGGUAAAAAUCACACUUCCGGUUCAAGUGGCUACUCACAAAAUGGAACAGUGUGCAGUAUUGAUGCCAAUACACAAUUUUCUAAUGGACCAGUGACAAAUGGUAGCUUAGACAUUAUUGCUCCAGCAAAAGAUAAUCUUACUAACAAUAAAGAGACAAAUAAAGUGCGAUCAGGAAAUAAUGCCAAAAAAAAUAAUAAUAAAAGAUCAAGAAAUAGAUAAUUAUAGCUAUAUAAUGUGUAAAAAAAAUCUCCUACUAAAUAAUAAUUAAUUUCAAUUCUUUGAAAUUAAGUAAUUUUUUUUAAAAGGAUAAAAUCCAAUUUCGUCUGCGCAAUGUUUGUUACUUUUUUUUCUCUACAUUUACGAUCAUUUUUAUAAAAUGUUGGCGACAAAAAAAAAUUGAUAUAAAUAUGAAUAAAUACAAUUAGAAAGAUUGAAAUUUCUCUUUAUGGAAUAAAGGGAAUUUUAAAAUAAAAAUUUUUUUUAAAAAUAUUUUGAUGGAUUUAUAAAACGAUUAACACAUAGUUAGGAAAAACGUAACAAACAUUGCGGAAAUUAAAAGCGGUUAAUUUUUGUAUUGUGUAAAUUAAUAGAUAUGUAUAAUAUUAUUUUAAUAUUUAUGUUGAUAUUCAGUAUUACCACUUUAAUUUAUGAAUUUUGUAAAAACAAAUGAAUGUUGAAACGAAAUUUUAUACAUAUAUGCAUAAAUUUUUUUA